AUGGACAACAAGUCGGCUGUCUCCACUCGCCAUCACAGCAAGAAGCGCAAGCAUCGCCAUCGCUCCGAAGACUCGCUGCGUGAAGCCAGCAGGUCAUCGAAGAGCUCCAAGCAGACCACCGAGGAGCCUGUUGCGCCUUUCAUCAAGCUCACAGAUUUGCCCAUAGAGGUGAGCAGCUCGAAUCUUCGCCUUGACGACAUCCGCCCAGCGACGGACACGCUGAUCGUUCCAUCACCUUCACACUGUGUGACUGCAUUAGAUUCUGUGGCAAAUAUUCGAGCUUAGUGAAUCGCCUCAGCUUCCACAGACGUCGCGCGCUCUGCGUCACACCUUUGCAUCCGCGCCUAGUGACGUCAAGGCAGGAUUUUUCCUGAGGAGAUACGCCGCGAUCUUUCUGGAUCCGUGGCUCGAUGAGCAGGUCACAGAGCGCUGCUGGGCUGGAGCUCUUGUGCCCAAGACGAUGCCCGGGCACUACAACUCUGCUCCGACGGUGCAUCUCUUCCAGACCGACUUCUGGCUUUCACGUCUUUGCGAGCCUUGCAGCUCCAAUCCAAGCGACUCCCCCUCGACAAGUCACUCUAGGGAGGGGAAUGGAGCAUACGAAACGCCAGAUGGGAUGUACGACAUGGUCCUGAGCUGCGGGGAUCCUCCUCGACACCUCGAUCCUCGCUAUGCAUCGCUCAUCAAUUUUAGCGUGGCUUGCUCCGCUUGCGAUGAAGGAGUUCUUGCUUCCUUGCAAGAGCGGAUACGGCUUCAGCGCAGCGCUAGAAGGGCUGGUACGAAGGAACACGCCGCGGUCAGGAAGAGCAUAUACUUACGUCUCCGUCGAUUGCCUAAGCAUCUGUUCAGAUCAUCCCCAUCGAAGACUUUCGAGGGCAACGAAUCCGACCAGGAAAAGGAGCGACUGUUCUUCUGCAACGUGCUCUACCCUUUCGGAGUCGGCGACGAGCUUCCCCUGCCCUUCAAGUCUCUGCGAUUCCUACUUCGCCUGCUGACCAUCCACGUACACCUCAACUCGCCUACCGACUAUGGCCUUUCGCGAGCGUGCUUCUCAAAGAAUGCACCCUUGAUGCGCCUACUGCUGGCAACCGUCUGUGCACCUGCUGGCAAGAAAUUUCGGCUGAGCCUACCGAGAGCGACAUGCCUCUCUGGCAAGUGGCUGCAGGGCCUGAAAAUAUUGGAGAAGAGGCCCCGACUUGAAUGGGUGGUACGCAUGCAUAAAGCUUUCAAAAUCAUAGCUUGCUGGUUCGCUCUCAAAGAUGCUCAAGAGACUGGGAGGAUGUCCUUCGACGACUUUGGCGAGUUCCAAAUCGCCAUCGAUACCACCUUACACUAUCUGCAAUCAGUAGCUCGCCAAGAAGUGGCAAUGUUUACCAUCAGGAUCGUGUCUAGCAAGACCGAUUUCCUUAGAGAGUACCGACCCAGCACACUGUGGAGCGAAGGCGUUAUUCCGAGUCACGUAGGCGAGGAGCACGACGGGGUACUAGAGAUCAGGGUGCCGAUGCCACAAUCUCUGGAGCGGCUAGCAGAGCACUUUCGAAAGUCGUGCGAAGCUCCAAAGUCCCGCAAGACCGCACCAGAUCCCGAGGACGCGAUGAGCUUCGGCUUCGAUGAAGCUCAACAAAUGGUGCUGAGCGAGAAGUGGCCGCAGGAUGCAAGUGUAGCUAGCUCACGCGAGCUCCACGAGGCCGUCCAGGCCGGUGCUUGGGAUAUUGCCGAUCAUUUGAAGUUCAAGGGCGUUAUCCCAGACCUGCCUACCUUAGCACUGUUGGAAGAACGCGAAGUCCAGCACAAGCGCCAUCAAGGCGAAGAAAAGCCUAGCAAGCGCAGAAAAAGAUGA